GUGUCUUGUCGUCAUCGCUCACUGGAGAUGGCAGGUUAGGUGAGUCUCUACUGUGAGGCCUCCUAGACUGGUCAGGGCCACAUAGAACGUCAUUGGAGUUGUUCACAGAGUUAGACAGCUGGGAGGAGGAAGUAUCCUUGGCAGUGACUGUAGUAGUCUUUGUGUUGGUGCCUCUCCUACUCCAGUCCUGGGGUGUGACUGUGUGAUUGGGGAGGUCUGGCUCAUCAAUGGAAAAGUCUCUCAGUGUGUCUCUGGUGGUUUUGCCAUUCAGAGGGAUGUCUAGUUUACCCUUGAGGUUGGAAAACGUACCAGAGCCAACAGCUUUCUCUCCCACUUCCCCUGUCUCCCCCACUCCUCCCAUCUCCCCCACUCCCCCGCUCUCCCCCACUCCUCCCAUCUCCCCACUCCCCCGCUCUCCCCCACUCCUCCCAUCUCCCCCACUUCCCCUGUCUCCCUCACUCCCUGUACUAAACCUUUAUAAACCACUCUGCCUAUCUCCCCCACUCCCCCGCUCUCCCCCACUCCUCCCAUCUCCCCCACUCCCCCUGUCUCCCUCACUCCCUGUACUAAACCUUUAUAAACCACUCUGCCUAUCUCCCCCACUCCCCCGCUCUCCCCCACUCCUCCCAUCUCCCCCACUCCCCCUGUCUCCCUCACUCCCUGUACUAAACCUUUAUAAACCACUCUGCCUAUCUCCCCCACUCCCCCGCUCUCCCCCACUCCUCCCAUCUCCCCCACUCCCCCUGUCUCCCUCACUCCCUGUACUAAACCUUUAUAAACCACUCUGCCUAUCUCCCCCACUCCCCGGCUCUCCCCCACUCCUCCCAUCUCCCCCACUCCCCCUGUCUCCCUCACUCCCUGUACUAAACCUUUAUAAAGCACUCUGCCUAUCUCCCCCACUCCCCCGCUCUCCCCUACUCCCCCUCUCUCCCUGCUCCCCAGCCUCACCUCAUCCACUGACAUAGACCUCACCGCCCACCCUCUAUGAGCCUUCCUCUCUUCUCUCACUACCUUACUUCCUCUCCCUCCACCAAGUGCUUUAUCUGGCACACUCUUCCUUACCCCUUCUCCUUCUCCUUGUCCUCUCCCCCCAUCCAUAAUUACAAUUCCUCCCUCUCUUCCUCCUCUCCCUCUCUCCCAUACUCCCCCCACCCCGCGUACCUGUCUAUCCAACCCACUCUUCCUGACCCUCUCUCCAGACUCACUGAGCUGCUCCGGGACAGAGAAAGCCCGUCUGGGCUUCAGGUAGUUGGGCACUGAGACCUGAGAUGUCUGUGUCAGAGCUUCAAACUGGUGGAUCUUGUUCCUCACACUGGCUGCAGAGGGCACUACCAGUUUCCCAGGUCUGAGAUUCCAGCCAUGAAGAUUCUCUGCAUUUCUGUCUCCCACACACUCAGAGAUGAUUGUUAGUUCUACUUCCCUCCCUCUCUGUCCAUUCUUCUCUGUGGUGUCGGCUCCAGUAGUCAAACAGAGGUCCUCAGCAGUGAAGUUUUCCUGGGUGUUUGUGCUGCUGUUCAUCUUUGUGAAGAGGCAGAUAAUGCGCUUCGCCAUGAAGUCUCGUAGAGGACCACAUGUACCCUUGGGCCACAACGCUCCAAAGGAGCUGAGACAGGAGAUAGACUCUGGUCUGUCCAAGGUUCAGGAGAUCCGCUUUGAGCCACGCCUGCUGUCUGAACAGGACGACAGACUACAGAGUGGCUGUUGCUAUGACUACCUGUACAGAAUGAGGGCACUAGAUGCCAUACGAGACUCUGAUAUUCCGUUCAGUGAGUUGGGAGGGACUCCGACAGCUGUGACAGGGAGGAGAUUCCGCGCCUGGCUUCUAGAUCUGAGCAGUUCCCAUUCCCUGUUCUGCAGCAGCCGUAGUUCCCUCAUAGACACACUGCUGGAGGGCUACUACAACGCUCGCCAUGGCACCGGGGUGUUUGGAGAAGCAGAGUUUGUCAAAUACAAGGAAGCCCUGAGCGAACUGUCCUCUGUUGUGAAGAGCCACUCCAGUUCCACCAGUCUGGACCAGCAUCACCAGUUAGCAGCUAAAGACUUGACCAGUACCCCAGAGCCCAGCCUCCCCUCUCCCCCCUCCCAGGUCACAUACCUGCCUUCAGCUGGGCAACGCACCAAACGACCAAAACACUUCCUGGAACUCAAGAACUUUAAAGACAAGUACAACACCUUGGAAAGCACAUUCUGAGAACUACAAUCUCCUAUGACAUAACACGAGAAACUACAAUUCCCUACAGCAUACCUUGAGAAACGACAACUUGCUGCCUCUGACAACUGCAACUCCCUAGAAAACAACCUGAAAACUACAACAACUUCUCUGCUACUACUUUAAAUCUGUUUUGUUGCGACUACUGGACUCACUUUCCUUCUCUAUUUCCAAAGUAGAUGGCCUAGUGAGAAGAAAAAAUCUGUUGUUCUGCCCCUGAACAAGGCAGUUAACCCACUCUUCCUAGGCCGUCAUUGUAAAUAAGAAUUUGUUCUUAACUGACUUGCCUAGUUAAAUAAAGGUUGAAUAAAACGGAAAUGAAGGUAGUGAUAAGUAGAGCUCCUGGCGGUGACAUACUGGGGUCUGUGGUAAAAGAAGAGGUUGGUGAGUUAGUUUAGUGAGAGGCUUGUUAGUGCCAGCAGAGAGAGAAGAGACUUGGUAGGGUUGGUACUUGGUACAGUUGGGAAGACUGGAGCACAGCAGUAUAGGAAUGACAGUAACAUUACGCUGCCUUACUAGUCCUGAGGAAAAACACUGCCUACUAUCUAUCAUGCAUCUCACAUAAUAAAUAGUGCACUAGAUUUAAGCUGACCUUAAACAUCGUUGUGAACUUUUGCACAGACUUUGCAGGUAGAUCAUCAUGUAGGGCCAUGCAAAAGAGACCAGACAAGCUACAUGCAGUUUCUAUGCAGAAUGCAUUAAUGCAGUGUUUCCCAAACUUGGUCCUGUGGACCCAAAGUGGUGCACGUUUUGCUCGAGCACUACACAACUGACUCAAAUAAUCAACUAAUCAUCAAGCUUUGAUUAUUAGAAUGAGCUGUGUCGUCCUAGAGCAGAACCUUAAACGUACAUCUCUUGGGGUCCCCAGGACUGAGUUUGGGAAAGCUGCGUUAAUGCACAGUGUUAGAGUAAGACUUGUUUAUAAUGUGUUCAGUGCUAACUAAGCUAUUGAUGGACUAACGUUAUAGCAGACCAGCGUUCCUCACAAUGGCCCUGGAGAGCUACAGUACAGGCUGAGCAGGCUUUUGUUCCCGCCUAGCACUAACACACCUCCAAUCAAGCUGAUUAGUAGAAUCCGGUUAGUUACUGUUGAGCUGGAACAGGACAGAAGAACUAUGGAUUAUUCCAGUAUUACUGCUAGACAUUUCCAGUAUUAUUGUCCUGUUGCCAGCACUUGUUUAGGGCAGAGCCAUGUAUUUACAUAUAAAUUGCUCUGGUUUAGGGCUAGUGUUACAAGGAAAUGAACAUGUUACCACGUCUGAUGGUUGUCUAUUUGCUGCAUAAAAUAUACUUUUUAGAGUCUACAAUGUUUUCUUGUUGCUGAAAUAUUUUUUUGUAUUACAUUUAUAAAGAUAAUGAUUUAGAAUAAAGCAUUCAUGUUAAGUGUC